AUGUCCCCCGCCAAUGGACGAAGAAGAGUAAAUGGGCGGGCUUGCACACAUUGCCACCGACUCAAGAUACGCUGCGAUAUCCUUGAAAAAGGACCUCCCUGCACGGGGUGCAGCUCUCGAAACCGGCCAGGCUGCCACAUUUAUCCAAAGAAACAGCGUAGAGGAGCUGCUGCUGCUGCUGCCCGGCUCCUUUCACCAGUGCCAAUUCGUCCACGCGAGCCAACACCCGUCGAGCUCGCGACAGAUUCGAGCUCACCCUUGGAGGUCGACACGGUUCAGAGGUUGGUUGCCAAUGAGGAUGGCGAAUAUGAUGCCAGCAAUUUGGCCGACUUUCUCGGCCGUCACGACAUGAAGGAAGCCGAUUAUGGCCGCUUGACCCGGGUUUGCUUCAUCGGCACCGGCAUGUCCAACUGUCACUACCUCGUCCGUCAGAAUUUCCCCCGGGCCGGCGACGAGAGCAGCGUCCAUUUGGGUUACAGUCAGAUGCGAGUCAAGGGGACCUCUUACUAUCGGUUUGUGCCCCCCGAGAUCCUUGAACGCCCGGACAAGGAACUGGCCGACAGACUGCUUCGAGCAUACUUUGACUCUGUAAACUGUGGAUGGCCUAUCGUUGACGAGGAAGAGUUUAUGGUGCAGUACGAGGGCAAGGACCCUGAGAACCCCUUAUCUUCGGCCCUGAUGAAUUCCAUUUUCCUCGUCGGGGCACAUGUCUUGUCGUCUCACGAUGAGAGCAUGCACUCACUAAAGCCCGUGUUUUUCCGCAGGGCCAAGACUCUGAUUGACUACCAGUUCGAGACAGAUCGGCUUGUUUAUGUCCAGGCAGCUCUCUUGAUGACGUGGCAUUCUGAUGGGUUCGAGGAGGUUGCUAUUAGUGCGUGGCACUGGAUUGGAAUUGGUGCUCGGACAGCCAUGGCCUUUGGCAUGCAUCGCGAUGCGACUCGGUCCAGGAUGCUGCCGGCUCAUAAGAGAGUCUAUACGCGGCUAUGGUGGGUUCUGUUCCAGUUUGACACCAUCUCGGCUCUGUCGUCGGGUCGACCGCAGGCAAUAAACCUAGACGACUCUGAUGUUCCUGAUCUCGAGUAUUCCCACUUCGAGGGGAUUCCCAACGCGCAGAGGGACUUUGUUAUAUACCAAACCAAGCUUUGCGUCAUAAUAUCACGGGCGAUGAGGGAGGGCUGGGCCCUUAGAUCCUCCCCCGAAGACCGCGUUCGAGCGACGAGAAAGGCCGACGAGUCUCUCGCAGAGUUCAUCCUCCAACUUCCUUCAAAGGUUCAGCUGCGGUACUCCACGCUUGAUACGUGGCAGUCGAUCCUUCACCUCACCUACAACAACUUUGUCAUCCUGGUCCAUCGACCUCUGCCAAAGCAAAGCAUGGCUGAAGACGUACGGCCGGACCAGUGCAACGAUCCUGCGCUGUGCGGAGACUCCGCAAAGACUAUCGCCGCCAUAUUUGAGACCCUGCCUCAGGAUGUGUUAUCGACGUUGUGGCUGUACAGUACCAACGUCCUCAUUACGGCAACUAUCCACAUCAUCCACGAGGCGGGGUCGAGUAAGCCUAUCGUCGCGGCCAGAUCACUACACAUCCUCGAGAUCCUAAUGGCGGCUCUGAGGGGACUAUCGAAACAUUGGCAUUAUGCGCGCGCGUGGCUACAUUUUGUUGAACAGCGGGCGUUGAAGUUGAAGCAGCAACGAGCUGCAAAGGCGGUUCAGGCGGGCGGGCCUGAUGAGGACCAAGGGCGGGAAAACGGGCAGGCCGCGGCGCCUCUUGGGGGAACAGAAGAGAUGUCGGCCUCGCGAGAAAAUGAAGAUCGAUGCGAUGUAGAAGAGUCAUUUCUCGAUGCUAUCACAAACGGGGCCGCCGGAGCAAUCGGCGCGACUCCAGACGGAGGCUUCUGCUCUGACGGAGCUGAUGUUAGUCUUCCCGAUGACUUAUUCCUCUUUGAUGCUUUAACGCUGGAUCUCUUCCCUGACGGUUGGCAAGGAGACGCUUCGUCAGAGAAACAAUGCUAG